AUGGGUCAGGAUGGUGACGAGAUUAGAAUCAUUGUUCUCGAAGAAGGCGAGCAUUUGGAGAGCGCCAUUCGGAAGGUCGAGAAAGGUAAGUUCAUUAUUAGACUGUCUUCGGUCAAAGAGACAUUCGUUUCUGGCUUUUCAGGCUGGAUAGUGCGAUUCAAACGCGGCUCCUCUCUUCUCGGCAAAAAUGUCUCCGUCACCACCACUCUCACAGGCUCGGAUCAUCUCACGUGGUCCUCGGGAACCGACCAUCUCUCAGUGUACUGUCAAGUCACUUGCCAUACCGCCGGCUCGUUCCGCUACUCCUUCACCACUGAUGUCUCCGAGAAGGAGACCGGCAGCGGAUACUUUCUGGUGAUGCCCGAGCUGAAAGUGAAUGGAAAACCGCUGCCGUUAGACGCCAUCACCUGUCAAACAUAUUUGGUAAAGCUGCUCGGAGAGCUCCCAGAAUGGAAAGAAAGACUGAGAGUUGCGAAGGAAAGCGGAUACAACAUGAUCCAUUUGACGCCGAUUCAUGAGCUCGGCAUAUCGAACAGCAGCUAUUCCAUCAGCGAUCAUCAUGCCAUCAUUCCAACGGUUCACUCGAAAGAUCAGAAGUUUGGCUUUGACGAUGUGCACAAGCUCGUCAACGAGAUCGAAAAGGAAUGGGACAUUCUCACUGUUCAAGAUGUCGUUUGGAAUCACGCAGCCAAGAACGCAAACUGGUUGCUGGAACACCCGGAAUCAGCCUACAACUGCCAGAAUAGUCCGCAUCUCCGUCCCGCCUACAUCGUUGACCGCAUUUAUCACGAAUUCGGAAAGCAAGUGGGAGAAGGAAAGUGGGCUCACCGAGGAGUUCCUCCCGUCGUCGAUAAAAAUGAGCACUUGCUUUCAAUUGCAUCCUUGCUUCGCAAUGAAAUUCUCCCAAAAGCGGAGAUUCACGAGUUCUAUCAAGUCGAUUUGACGGCCAUGGUCAAACUGUUCGAAAUGGUUGUCAAGCAGUCCGGAGGCCCCACUGACAAUCCGUUGGACGGAGAAGACGUGCAGAUCGUGCAGGAUCCAGAGUACCGCCGAUUCGGAAACACUGUCGAUUUCGACAGAUCUCUCCGAAUCUUCAACCGGCACAGAGAUGACGUCGGUUCGGAAGAUGAAAGAGUUGAGAAAGUGGUCAAAGAGUUCAAGGAUGCGCUGAGCAAGAAGAAUCUGGAAGCCGGUACCGCUUCGUGGCACGUGCUUAUGGAUGGAUUGCGGGCAGUUAACGGUCACAUUAGAUACGAACGGGUUGCCGAGGAUGGACCGAAAAAAGGACUCGUCUCGCCCGAUUCUCCCCUGACAACCGACUAUUUCCUGCAUUUGGAGCCGGACGCGGGAUGGAAAAGCGAAGAGAAACUCGCGUAUGAUCCGGAAAAGUCAAAGUACCUGAUGGCGUUCAAUGGAUGGGUGAUGAGCAGCAACCCGCUGAACAACUUCGCUCUCAAAGACUCACAAGUAUAUCUCCGUCGCGAGCUCGUGUGCUGGGGAGACUCAGUGAAGUUGAACUACGGGGAAAGAGAAGAGGACAGUCCGUUCUUGUGGGAAUUCAUGAAGGAAUACACUCAGAAGUGCGCCCGAAUCUUCCACGGUCUCCGGAUCGACAACGCACACGGCACGCCGAUCCAUGUGGCAGAGAAGCUUCUGAAGGCUGCAAGAGAGAUUCGUCCGGACAUUUACGUCUUUGCUGAGUUGUUCACUGGAAGCGAGAACGCCGACAACAUGUUCGUCAACCGAUUGGGCAUUUCGUCGCUGAUCCGAGAGGCACAGUCGGCGCAUGACAGUCACGAGCAAGGAAGACUCGUUUACAGGUCAGCUUUACAGACUUGUGAGAAAGAAAUCACGGAGUGCACCGAAAAUUAUAAAUAUAUAGUCAAAUUUUCACUCUUCCAGUCAAUUGAGAGAAAACUUUGCAGCAAGAAAAAGCUUUGCUGCAUUUCGGGUAUAUUGUUUCAGUCGAAUCGAAAUACUAGUUUACUAGAGUCAUAUUCACUGGAAACAACUAAAAAUGAGUGUCAAAUCCGAUUCACUUUCGAAUGUCCCUUUACCGAUUUCAUUCCAGGUACGGUGGCGACUGCGUGGGCGCAUUUCAGCAGAAAUCGGCGCGCCUCGCUCCGAACUCCAUCGCCCAUGGCCUCUUCCUCGAUCAGUCCCACGACAAUUCGUGUCCUCUCCACACGAGAAGUGCUUUUGACAUCCUGCCGACUGCCGCCAUGAUCACGAUGGCCUCCUGCGCAGUUGGAAGCAACAGAGGGUACGAUGAACUUGUCAGGGACCAUGUAAGAUCUUCUAUUUCUCUGCGGCAGAACUCUGAAACUAUACUUCGUUUCAGAUCCAUGUGGUCUCAGAGAAACGUCCGUACGCUUCGUGGCUGCAACCGUUAGAUGUCAGUGCUGCUAAGGGAAUAAUUUCCGGAAGAAAAAUCCUGAACAAUCUGCAUUCGUGGCUGGCUCUCAACGGCUACACUCAAGUGUUCGUCGAUCAGAUGAACACAGACAUUGUCGGAAUCACCCGUCACAAUCCGACGACUCAUGAAACCGUGGUCGUUGUUUCCCACACCGCCUUCUCGAAACAUUACAAUCAGCACGUUGGAGGACUGAAGCACAUUCCGAUCGGCGGAGUUUUAGAGAAAGUCUUAUUCGAGAUGAAGCUGAACGAGACGGCAAAGGAAUGGGGAGAGGAAAAUCAGGCUGUGAUCGUCGGUCUAGCGAACUUUUCGUUGGAAAUCAAAGAGGAUGUGCCAAUCGAACAAGGAAACAUGUUCAAGAUCCACGGGGGCGUCGGAGGCUUUAUUGAACUUACCGAUUUCCCCACCGGAUCGGUCGUCGGUUUCAAGAUCCGUCCAUCCGACGAAGCAAGAGACGCGUUCAAAGCCAUUCAUUCUUCGAUAGGCUCCUCUGAAAAUGGACUCUCCUCCGCCCUCUCUCGCCUCACCUACCAGUCUUUCUCAGACCUCCUCUUCCACUGCGAAAGCGAAGAUUACGCGACUAUCCAGCAAGGCGGCUACGAUAUUCCAAACUUUGGAAAGUUCGUGUACAACGGUCUGCAGGGAAUGAUUCCCGUUCUUGACAAAAUACGAGUUGAGAACGAUCUCGGCCAUCCGCUCUGUCAGAAUCUUCGCGAUGGAACGUGGCUCUGCGACUACCUCGUUUCGAGAUUGGCCAAGUUUGAAAAGCUGAAGGAAGUGUCGGAGGAAGUAGGCAAACUGUUGAAGCCGCUGGAGCACGUACCGUACUACUUGAGACCGUGCUAUUUUGAAACGAUAAUAUCGCACAUUUACGGAAGAGCGAGAGCCGAAGUGUUGAGCAGAAUGUCUUCCGACGUUGUCUCCUCUUCUGCUCUUUUCCGUUGGCUCGCCAUCUCAACCGUCUCAUUCUUGGGAUAUAUUCCGGGUGCCGGUCUUUCUCCGAUCGCCGCCUCUAUUCCCCUUGAAGACGAGCAUCCGUCCAGUCUGGCAGCCGGUCUCUCUCAUUUCGCAGUCGGUAUCUGGAGGAAUUGGGGCAGAGACACGUUCAUUGCGCUCCCUGGUUGCCUCCUUUCGCUUGGCCGUUUCCAAGAAGCUCACCACAUCAUUCUCUCGUUCGCCGGAGCACUUCGUCACGGACUCAUUCCGAAUCUCCUGGCCGAGGGAAUCGGAGCGCGCUUUAACUGUCGAGAUGCUACGUGGUUCUGGCUUGUUUCCAUUGUCAAGUACGUCAGUUCGGCGCCAGAAGGAGAGAAGAUUUUGGGAGCACCGGUGCGGAGAAUCUACCCGACCGACGAUGCGAUUUAUGGAGACAAGGAAGUGGAACAACCGCUGAUCGAGACGAUAUACGAAGCACUCGACAAGCAUUUCGCAGGAAUCGACUACCGCGAACGCAAUGCAGGUCCUCAGAUUGACGAGCAAAUGAGAGACGAGGGAUUCCAGGUGAGAAACCGAUUGACAAAGGAAAUACCUCAGAUCAUUUUAGGUCACCGCCGGUGUCAACAAAGAAAAUGGAUUCAUUCACGGAGGAAACCGAUGGAAUUGCGGCACCUGGAUGGAUAAGAUGGGAAGCAGCGAAAGAGCCGGGAACAAGGGAGAGCCGGCGACUCCGCGGGACGGAGCAGCCGUCGAACUGCAGGGACUGGCCUACCGAACACUGAGCGCUCUGCAGGAAUGGAAAGAGAAAGGUGGAUUGAGAGAGAAGGAGUCAGCGACGAAUGGACUUGGAAGUUCUGGGCUCAGACGAUCAAAGACAACUUUGAAAACGAGUUCUACGUAGAUACAGAUGCUCAAGGCGAGUUUGUGAACCGCCGGGAAAUAGUGAAAGAUUCGGUCGGAUCGAGUCUUGGAUUCACAGAUUUCCAACUGAGAUGCAACUUUGGAAUUGCACUGGCAGUUGCUCCGGAGCUCCUGGAUGCUCGGAAGGCCUGGAAUGCUCUGAAUACCGCCGAAGUUCUGCUCGGUCCCCUCGGAAUCAAGACUCUGGAUCCCACAGAUUGGGGGUACAAUGGAUAUUACAACAACGACGACGACGGAACCGACAAAAAGACGGCGAAGGGAUGGAAUUACCAUCAAGGUCCCGAAUGGCUCUUCGUGGCUGGCUAUUAUCUCUCGGCGCGACUGGCGAUCGGACAGAUUCUCGGCGGAGCGGAGAAGGAAUACGCAGUCAAACAGGUCCAGGAGAGACUCGGAACCGCGUUUAAGCACAUCAUGGAUUCCCCCUGGAGAUCACUCCCCGAGCUCACGAAUGCCAAUGGAGAGCACUGCCGACAGAGCUGCGAUGCUCAGGCUUGGUCCGUCGGAUGUCUGAUAGAAGCUUGCUCCAAGCUGAAGAGCAUGUCUGAAUAG